GUUAGUUGGUAAUGUUCAUAAAAAACAUAAAACGUUUCAAAUUCAUUUUCUUUUAAAUAACGGGUUAACUAUUUCAAUUGAUAAAAAAUUUAAAUGAAAAAAAAAAGACCCAAUCAAUGUCAGAUCUAAUGUAACGAAGGGAAGGAUGUACACGGAUUAACAAACAGCAAUUAUACAAUUAGCAAGCGGGAUAUUGUAAAACAAUCGAGAGUGGGAUUUAAAAUAACGACAAAGCCAGAUAUAUCACCAUCGCAUAGAUUAAAAAUGUAGAUAUCAAAACGGGGGAACGAUAAGUUAUCGGUGACUGCUUCCUAAUCCUUUGUUACUGUUUCGUAUUUAUAAUAUUUUGCGCUUCUGUUUGCGAUAAUGCGACUAAAGUUUUUAGAAAAGAAUAAUUAUGUGUCUAUGUUCGAAGAAAUCUGUGACGCACGACGCUGAUGGAAACGUAGUGUCUGAAAUAUUGAGAAAAACUUUAGACGUCAACAAAUAUGCGACCAAGAAAACGAUAGCCCAAGGGUUGCUAGAUGUGGCGUUACUCACGGCCAACGCGUCUCAACUGAAGUACGUGUUACAAGUCGGAGAAAAACACGAAUUUUACACACUGAUGUUAACGCUGAUCACAAUUUCGAUUAUCCUUCAGGUUUCGGUAGGACUUAUGCUGUUAAGUCUUCACCUGUUAAACGACUGGAAACUCAACUGGGAAAACAUACAUUCCACCACAGAAUUCGUGAACUAUCUGACAACACUUUUUGCCUUUGUCAUUACCGUUUUGAAUCUGAUCAUUUCGUGCUUCGAUCCGACCAUCGCACGUUACGCCAUUUUCGAACCUCCCGAUUUGACGGCGCUGAACUAAGUUUUGAAUUUCUGUACAGCGCGUUUUUUGGUUGCUCAGAGGACAACGGUCGCUUAAAAUUUUCUGCUUAAAAUUGACACAAGAAUCACGACUGAGAAUUUUCAUUUUGAUUUUUAUAGAUAUAUAGAGGGCGUCCCGAUAGAUGUUGCUAUCUUGGCGUCGGCUGCAGAGAAAAAAAUUAGGUACAAAACAACAUAAUAUUUCGAAAGCCCUUGCAAUUAUAAUAAUUAUUCUCUUAGAUAUGAUAAAAUAUCGGAAAAACUAUUACGUUUAGGUAUGAAUUAUUAUUAUAUUAAUUUAAAUGAUUUUAAAAAUUAAAAGAAAUAAGUAAAAAAAAAAGAUUUAAUUAAAUUUGAAUGAAGCGUAGAAUAUGAAUCCUGGGAAACCACCUUCUGAUCAUUCGAGAUAUCCUGUAUCUUCUACCGCCCACUAACGCUAAUAAUCUAGAAAAACAUAUUUUCUCCUUUUAAUUUGAAUUUAAUUUCCUUUUUUUUUCUAAAGUGCAGCAAUUGUUCUCAGAAUUGCUUAGUGCUAGAGAGUAAUCAAAUUAUAUGGAUUUUUUUUAUCAUUUCUAAUUGAAUGUCAAUAAUUAAGAAAACUUCAUAUAAACACAUGUCCUUAACGUCUUAACUUUUGAGAUACGCAGUGGCAAAGUUUUCAAAAAUGAAAUGUAUUUGUAAUACCACUUUAGAUAUUUUAAUCAAAUUUGACACACAUGUGCUACGUAUCAAGGGGCAUUAUUUAGUGUACCAUAACUUUUUAAAAAUACAACAGCGGCGGGCGUAAGGAAUUUCACCUAUCUAUUUUCUCAGACAUUCAUGGUACGCCACUGAUAUCUCUUAAAUUAAAAUUAAUUACUACAGUCUCCAGUCAUUUGCAAACAAAUUUAAUUUCUUGAUUUUUUCCAAGCCAAUGAACGGUUUUGAAAUAUUAAUUUUUCCAAGAUCAUGCGAAUACAUACUGAUAGGAACAGCAUGAAAAUACAUAAAUUGUAAUGAACAUUAUCAUAUAAAAAAAAUCUACUAUUUACAAUACACACCAUUUGUAAAUUUUUGUCAUCAUGUCCCUAACAGUUUCUUCCUUACUUUGUUUCUGUUUGAUGACGUGAUAGAGGUCACAUAUUGUUUGUAAGGUAUGUGAAGAAAGUUUAAGACAUUAGAAUAUUGGAACUAGGCGAUCCCAUGAUAUGGAAAGAGCCAACAUAUCAUCAUGAUGACUGCUAUUUCUGCAUGUGCAAUGUUCGUGGAUAUAAUACUAAACAUUAAAAAAAAAAUUGUUUAUCAGAACUUGAAGUUUGAAUGUCUAAAUAUCUGAGAAUCCAGCCAAUUUAGAAAAAGAUACAACCAGUUUUUCUGCACUUGAAAUAGAUAAAGAUACCCUUGGUGAUGUUGGUGAUAUAUGGAAUGUUAUAGUUAUUACAUUUAAAAUUACGUAACAUGUAACAUACUUAUUCAGGAGAUACUGCCUACAUUCCCAGUAUAUCUCCGUUGAGAUGCAUUUAAAUCCAAUUGGUCAUUAAGUAAUAAAUUCGAAUAUUUCAUUUCAUAGCUUCCAAAAAACUUAGUUUUUUGCUUUAUGAAUAAUUAUGUAAAAUAUCAAAAUUAUCGUCAAUACCUUUUACAAAUCUGGAUUCCUCCUGCGUCGAACUUGCUGACGUUUCGCCCAUCGUCCUGUUGGCUUCUUCAGAGCUUGAGUUUUAUAUAUUUUGGAUUCGGUGUUUAAUUUGGGAUAGAUAGCGUUCAUUGUUAAAAGCUAUUUGUCUUAUAAUUUUCAAUUCUUUUUCAAAAUUUUCUGUAGAAACUGCUGUCAUUAAAAACUGUGAAAAUCUGAACAUUUUUGUUCUAAUUUAAUUUUGCCUUAAUUGCCCUUAAACGUCUAACUCAACAUUUUCAUUUUUAUAACCAACCAUUGAAUUUUCUUGAAAUGUUUUAAAAUUUUUCUGCAAAAGGCUAAUUUUUAACGCAUUGUUUUUCU